AUGAAUUACAGGCUACCAUACAAAAAUAUCUUCGGGGGCGCAUGCGCAAUCUCAGUGGAACAAUUUCGGCAAGUGAACGGCUUCAGCAACAAGUUCUGGGGCUGGGGCGGGGAAGACGAUGACAUGGCAAACCGCAUUAAAUAUCACGGGCUGUCCAUCUCCCGUAACCCCGCCAAUAUAUCACGCUACACCAUGAUCACACACGAGAAGGAUAAACCCAAUCCUCUCAGGUUUGAAAUGCUGCGCUCGGGCAGGAGCCGCUACGCCUCAGAUGGACUCAACUCUUUGAAGUACCGCGUGCUGGACGUACAGCUGCGAAGAAUGUACACUUGGAUCUACGUUGAGAUCCUAAAUACAUAACAGCUGGCGUAAAAAUGUUGAGUGCGGCUCUUUUCCUAGCAUAACUUUAUUUAUUUUAUUGAUUUUCAGUGGUUUGAUGAUUGUAAUUUGUUACGAGAACAAGUCAGCAGGACAUGUUGUGAUUUGUUGUGUUGUGAAUUUCGUUUCCAAAUUACGUAAUAAAAUUUAACUGAG